AUGUCCGUUGCGACGAUGCUUCAACCUGCAUCUAGACAAUCGCGGGCAUCCUCCUCCUCUUCCUCCUCGUUUCAGCCCGUCGCACGACAGAACACAAUGUCGUCGCACGACACUCGGUCGCUCCGCCAAUCCAAGCGGAUGUCGGUCACGGCCCUGUACCUGUCUAUGUCCGCUAAGGAUCGAGACUUGGAGAUUUCCGAUGAUUUGUCACGAGCACAAAAGCAUCUACGGGACUUGAAGUCAAGGAUUUCAUCGCAAUCGAAAAAGAACUUCGUGUUGGAGAAGGAUGUGCGAUACUUGGACUCACGAAUUGCAUUACUUAUUCAGAAUCGAAUGGCGUUGGAAGAGCAAAACGAAGUCGCCAGCCAUCUCGAUGAUACCGCAGACCCACAGGAAGGAUUCUUCCCCAACGAUGAACGAACCCAAAAAUACGGCAAUCUUCUUUUCCUCUUGCAAUCCGAACCCCGCCACAUCGCUCAUCUGUGCCGCCUCGUCUCCAUGGCCGAAAUCGAUUCCCUCCUCCAGACCGUCAUGUUCACGAUUUACGGAAACCAGUACGAGAGCCGCGAAGAACAUCUCCUGCUCACUAUGUUCCAGUCCGUUCUUACCUACCAAUUCGAUAACACACCCGAGUAUUCGUCUUUGUUGCGCCAAAACACCCCGGUUUCUCGAAUGAUGACUACGUACACACGCCGUGGUCCGGGCCAGAGUUACUUGAAGCAGGUUUUGGCAGACCAGAUCAACGCUCUGAUCGAGUUGCGGGACGUGGAUUUGGAGAUCAACCCGCUGAAGGUCUAUGAGAGUAUGAUUAAGCAGAUCGAAGAAGAGACCGGCUCCCUGCCGGAUUACUUGGCCCGAUCUGUGACAGCCGAGGAUGCUGCCGACAACGCGCAGGUGCAGGCUAUUAUUGCCCCACGCCUGAAGAUGUUGACGGACAUUGCGAACGGUUUCAUCACAACCAUUAUUGACUCGGUGGACGAGGCUCCGUAUGGUAUCCGGUGGAUCUGCAAGCAGAUUCGCAGUUUGUCACGCAGAAAGUACCCCGAUGCUCAGGACCAGACGAUCUGUACCUUGAUCGGUGGCUUCUUCUUCCUGCGCUUCAUCAACCCUGCCAUUGUUACUCCUCGGUCAUACAUGCUGAUCGAUGCCACGCCCACGGACAAGCCUCGCCGUACCCUGACUCUGAUUGCCAAGAUGAUUCAGAACCUUGCCAAUAAACCUUCUUACGCCAAGGAACCUUAUAUGGCCAGCCUGCAGCCCUUCAUCCAGCAGAACAAGGAACGCGUCAACAAGUUCCUGCUUGAUUUGUGUGAAGUGCAGGAUUUCUAUGAGAGUCUUGAGAUGGACAACUACGUCGCCCUGUCGAAGCGAGAUCUCGAGCUCCAGAUCACUCUCAAUGAGAUGUAUGUCAUGCACGGACUUUUGGAGAAGCACGCCGCGGCGCUCGCCCAGGAUCAGUACUCGCAUCUGUCUGUGUUGCUGCAAGAAUUGGGCGGCGCUCCUCCUCAGGUUCCUCGUAAGGAGAAUCGAACCAUCACGGUGCCUUUGUUCAGUAAAUGGGAGAUUGCUCUCGAUGAUUUGACAGCCGCUCUUGACAUUACCCAGGAAGAAGUAUUCUUCAUGGAGGCCAAGUCGACCUUUGUCCAGAUUCUUCGAUCACUUCCUCAUAACUCUUCGGUUGCUCGCCGACCCCUACGACUUGACCGCAUUGCUGAGGCAGCAGCCACCUUGAAAAAUGAUGCCGUUAUGGUGCGGAAGGGCAUCCGAACGAUGGAACUUCUCAGCCAGCUCCAAGACAUGGGUGUGAUUGAUCGCUCCGACGAGUUCAGUUUGCUUCGAGACGAAGUCGAGCAAGAGCUUGUGCACCUGGGCUCCCUGAAGGAGAAGGUGUUGGAUGAGACCCGGAAGCUUGAGGAAGUUUUCGCGACCAUCCGCGACCACAACGCUUACCUGGUUGGCCAGCUGGAGACCUACAAGUCUUACCUGCACAACGUGCGUAGCCAGUCCGAGGGCAAAACCCGCGGCGGCAAGACGCCGAAGAAUCAGGAACUCGGGCCAUACAAGUUCACCCAUCAACAGCUGGAGAAGGAAGGUGUCAUUCGACGCAGUAAUGUGCCAGAGAAUCGACGGGCGAACAUCUACUUCAUGUUCAAGAGUCCGUUGCCAGGGACUUUCGUCAUUAGUCUCCACUACAAAGGACGCGCCCGUGGAUUACUCGAGCUUGACCUUAAGCUGGACGAUCUCCUGGAGAUGCAGAAGGACAGUCUCGAGGAUCUCGACCUGGAGUAUGUCCAGUUCAAUGUCACUAAGGUGCUUACGCUCCUUAACAAACGAUUUGCACGAAAGAAGGGCUGGUAA